AUGGAAGCACAGCUUCACUCUGAUCCCUGGACCACCCAUGGAUCUGGAAACCCAGGCCCCAGAGAUUUACAACUGAGACUUGUCUUACUGGGUAAGACUGGAGCAGGAAAAAGUGCAACAGGGAAUAGUAUCCUUGGAAAGGAUGAGUUUUCUUCUGGUGUUUCAGCAAAAUCCAUCACCAAGUCCUGCCAAAAAGGGACUGUCAAUUGGAAGGGGAAAAACAUUAUUGUCGUGGAUACUCCUGGCAUUUUUGACACUGAGGUGCCUGAUGCCUAUACCAGCAAAGAGAUUGUUCGUUGCCUCCUGUUGACCUCCCCAGGUCCUCAUGCUCUGAUACUGGUGAUUCCAUUGGGAUGUUACACAAAGGAAGAGCAUAUGGCCACAAAGAAAAUUCUGGAAAUGUUUGGUACCAGAGCUAGGAGACACAUGAUGAUUUUAUUCACCCGGAAAGAUGAACUGGGUAUCCAAGAAUUCUCAGAGUACUUAAAGGACAGUCUAGAACUUCAAGAAAUCAUGCGUCAACUGGGCAACCGUUACUGUCUGUUCAACAACAAAGCAAUAGAAUCUGAGCAGGAGGCUCAGAAGACACAGCUGGUGGGCCUGGUUGAGAAAAUGGUAACAGACAAUGAAGGAAUGUGCUACACUAAUAGAUAUUAUCAAAUGAUUGAGCUGGAAAUUCAGAAACAAGUCCAAGUGAUGCAAAAACAGUAUAGAGAAGAACUAGAGAAAGAGAAAGCACAGAUAAAAAAGGAGUAUGAAGAUAAAACCAGAAAUCUGGAGGAUACGGUAGAGAAGGAAAAGAGCAAGGAUCAAAUGGAAAAAGCUUUGGUACAAAGGGAAUCUGUCUGUGCUUUAAGGCAAGAAAAUGCGAGAGAACAAGUUGAGACUCUGAAUCGGAUCAUUGAAUUAAUCAUAGAGAUACUGAAAUUCGCUUCUUUGGUUAUUACACAGUUCUUUAAGGACAAGAGUGAGUGAAAAUUUGUUUCCUGCACAUUUUCUGGCUGCCCUGUUCUAUAUAACUUAUUUGCCAAGAGCAGAGCACUCUCAGGACUAAGU